AUGGAAGAUACCACUAGAUUGAAUACAUCGAAACUAGGUACAAAACAGUAUUGGGAUAGUUUUUAUUCUUUAGAGAGAAGGAAUUUUAAGUCUAAUCCUGCAGAUACCGGUGAAUGUUGGUUUAACGAUAAUGAUGCAGAAUCAAAAAUGAUUGACUUCUUAUCUGAUAAUGUAGGUCAAUAUUUAAUAAAUGAGAAGUCAUCUAUUAUAGAUUUAGGUACUGGAAAUGGACAUCUAUUAUUUGAAUUAAAUGAGAAUGGGUUUAACGGUAAUAUGCUAGGUGUUGAUUAUUCUGAAGAGAGUGUUAGUUUCGCUAAAGAAAUUGCACAAGCUAAGGAUCGUUCACAGACGAUUACUUUUGAACAAGCGGAUAUAUUCAAUGAAGACUGGAACCCUGGUCAAUUUGACGUUGUUCUAGAUAAAGGUACAUUAGAUGCAAUUGCAUUAAGUGGGUUGAAAACAAAAGAUGGAAGUCAGUCUAUUGUUCAUGUUUAUAAUAAAAUUAUCGAAAAGUUGUUGAAACCAAAUGGAGUGUUCUUGAUAACAUCAUGUAAUUUCACUGAACAAGAAUUGAUUAAGAUUAUUGAAAAUCACAAUUUAAAAACCUGGGAGACUAUUGAUUAUCCAACUUUUGAAUUUGGUGGUAUUAAAGGUACUACAAUAUGUAGCAUAGCAUUUGUUAAGAAGAAGUAA